AGAGCUUUAUCUGUAACUAUGUCUGGCCGCGGAAAGCAGGGAGGCAAAGCCCGUGCCAAGGCAAAGUCGCGCUCAUCCCGCGCUGGCCUUCAGUUUCCAGUGGGGCGAGUGCACCGCUUGUUGCGCAAAGGCAACUACGCCGAGCGAGUUGGCGCCGGCGCGCCUGUCUAUAUGGCGGCGGUCCUUGAGUACCUAACAGCCGAAAUCCUGGAGUUGGCUGGUAACGCAGCCCGGGACAACAAGAAGACGCGCAUCAUCCCCCGUCACCUCCAGCUGGCCAUCCGCAACGACGAGGAGCUGAACAAGCUAUUGGGCAAGGUUACCAUCGCCCAGGGCGGCGUCUUGCCUAACAUCCAGGCCGUUCUAUUACCAAAGAAAACUGAAAGCCACAAAGCCAAAAGUAAAUAAACCCAGACAAA